AUGACAGGGUGUGUGCGGCUGCGACCCGGGUCGUGUACAGCCCGCGGCCGAGCCGGCUCUUCCUCCCUGCGUGUCACAUCAUCGAACGGUGCUCCACACCCUGGGCCACAGCGCGGGCUCCUCGGGCCGGGGCCGAGCACGGGGACACGGCGGGGGCUCNCGGGCCCCGCUCGGUUAUGGCUAGGGUCCCGCAGUGCCCUGGGGGCGAGCGAGGGGCAGCGCUGGGAACAACGGCCUGGCUGCUCUCUGGGUAAACAAGCAGAGACGCAUGGAAUCUCAUUUAGAAUUCAAAUCAGUGUGAAAGAACUGCUGGACACAGAUGUACUUUUAAAGCUGUUAUUUCGUUUACCAGUCAAUUACCCAUCAGCUCUGCCGGAUAUUUCUGUUAACUCAGACCAGCUUACAAGGGCCCAGUGUAUGGAUGUGAAAGAGAAAUUACUUGAACAAGCAAAGAAGCAUCUUUCUGAGCCCAUGGUACACGAUCUGAUUCUUUGGGUACAGCAGCAUCUUAAAGAUGUCAUUAAGCAACCAGCAGCAGUUUGCAAUGAAAAAACUACUUUGUCAAAAGGAAAAGAAGAUGGUAUCUGGAUGCUCCUUUUGCAUUUAGAUCACAUGAGAGCAAAGGCAAAAUAUGUGAAAACUGUGGAAAAAUGGGCUUCAGAUCUAAGGCUGACUGGAAGACUGAUGUUCAUGGGCAAGAUAAUAUUGAUUCUUCUUCAGGGUGAUAGGAGCAGCAUUAAGGAGUACUUGAUUCUUCAGAAAACUUCUAAGGUAGAUGUGGACUCAAGUGGAAAGAAAUGCAAAGAGAAAAUGAUGAGAGUACUGUGUGAGACAGAAGUACAGUCACAGCAUAAAAGGUUUCAGAUGUUUGAAGUCAAAGAAUAUUCGGCACUGGAGGAGCUACAAAAGGAAUUUGAAACUGCAGGACUUACAACUCUUUUCUCUGAGUUUGUGCCUUCUCUCUUAAAAUAAAAUUAAAAUAUACCACUGGACCUUUGACCAAAGCAGUAGUUGACUGUAUAUGCUGAUGGAAGAUAAAAGGACUAAUGUGGCAAAACAAUGUUGAAGCUUUUCUGAAAAAAUUACCAGUAGUAGUCAUCCUCUUGCAAGAAGAAGGCAAUUAAUACAUUAAGAAUUGAUAUUUUUUGACAUUUAUGUAUUAAUAACUUUUUCAAAGCAGUGUGAUGUUGAUUGUGAUAAUUGCAUGGCAAGCAUGAGAUUGGGAAGAAAUAAU